AUGCCGUCAGCGCUCCUCGUCACCGUCAUCGCCCUUGCAGCCGUCUACUACCUGAAUCUCUAUAGAGGCCUCGCCGCAAACGUCAAGGCGGCCAAGAGAUCGGGCAUCCCGUACAUCGUGCUGCCGUGGAACAAGUUUGGCAUUUUCUGGCUGAUAUUCGGCGACCGCCUGUACCCCAUCAUCGACAGGCUCCCGAAGGCCUGGACCGAGAGCUGGCUGCCGUACCUUCGGAUCGAAUGGCUAUACGAGUCCAAGUACGAGCCGUUCAGGCGCUUCGGCAGCGAGGUGCUGCUCGUCUGCUCGCCCGGCGCGAAGCACCUGUACGUGGCUAACCCGGAAGCCAUCGCGGACAUCGCCACCCGCCGCCUCGACUUCCCCAAGCCGCUGGAGGUGUACAAGACGCUGCAGCUGUACGGCGAGAAUGUGGUCGUGACCGAGGGUCAGCUGUGGCGCAAGCACCGCAAGAUCACGGCGCCGUCGUUCAGUGAGAAGAACCACCGCGUGGUCUGGGACGAGAGCCUGCGGCAGUCCCAGGCCAUCCUCGCGCACUGGACCGCCGGCAAUGACUCGAGCCCGAGCCUGCAUCAGCUGGACGCCGACAUGAUGAGUUUGAGCCUGCACCUCAUCAGCAAGGCAGGGUUUGGUGUGCGUUGUCUCUGGCCCCACGAGGAGGCUGCAGGGAACGUGGACGGGCAAGAUGAGCGCUUGACGAGCAGCAAACCGCCGCCCGGUCACACCAUGUCGUACAAGGAAGCCAUGAGCAAGCUGAUGAAGAAUGUCAUUUGGAUCCCCAUUAUGCCGAGGUGGCUUCGUGGUAUCGUGCCCUUCGAGGGACCCCGGACGGCAUCAGUUGCGUAUGACGAGUGGGGCUUGUACAUGAAGGAGCUGUAUGAGAUGAAGAAGACCCACAUCCGCGAGGGGCAAACGACGGAAGGGCUCGAUCUGCUCGGUUCUGUCAUGAGGGGAGCUGGGAUCACUGAGAAGACCCUGAGUGGCGCCGAGCCCCAGAACCAGGUGCUCAGCGAUUCAGAGAUUUUGGGGAACGCAUUUAUCUUCAUCCUCGCGGGCCACGAAACCACGGCCAACGCGAUGCACUUUGCUCUCGUGCUGCUGGCAUUGAACCCCCAGAGCCAGCGCCGGCUGCAGCAGGCCAUCUCCGACAUCGUUGGCGACCGGCCAGUCUCGCAAUGGGACUACGACCAGGACCUGCCGAAGCUCAUGAACGGCAUGCCGGCGGCCGUCAUCAACGAGACGCUCCGCAUGAUCCCCGCCGUCGUCGGCAUCCCCAAGAGGACGAUGAAGGGCAGCCCGCAGGCGCUGACGGUUGACGGCCACGACUACGUGAUUCCUGAAGAUACCCUUAUCUCGAUUGAUACACCAGGAGCCCACAAUAAUCCCAGGUACUGGCCAGCUCGGCCCGAUAUAUCGGCCUUACCUCCUGGAGACGAGCUCGACCAGUUCAAGCCGGAAAGGUGGAUCGUUGAUGAGAAUAACCAACCUCUCGUUGGUGGGGUCGGAGGCAAGGCAGGGCAGCUGUUCAAGCCGGCAGCCGGAGUUUUCGUCCCAUUCAGCGAGGGACACCGCAGCUGCAUGGGUCGGCGUUUCGCUCUGGUGGAGAGCAUCAGCAUCAUCGCCGCGCUCAUGCACACGCACAGCGUCGAACUUGCGGUGGACGAAUUUGCCGACGAUGAGGCGGUCGCAGCCAUGUCACGCGGCGGCCCUGAGCGCCAGGAGGUGUGGCAGCAAGCCGCGGACAAGGCCACCGACGUGCUCAAGAACGGCAUGGGGACCAUCAUCACUCUCCAAAUGCGGAGCGGGCACGUCCCUCUGCGCGUCAUGAGACGUGGUUCCGAACGUUUUAUUUAA